AUGAGCGUCAUCUUCCUCAACACCACUGUCAUAGAUGGCUCCGGCGAUGUACAGCGCUUCGUUGCGAGCGUUGCCAUUGGUGAUGGCCGUAUCGUUUCAAUACGAAAAGGUCACAACUCGUACACACCCUCCGACCUUGAGAUAGCAAGAAAAAGCCAAACCCGCAUCAUUGACUGCGAGAAUGGACGAUGGGCACUGUGUCCCGGUUUCAUUGAUAUGCAUGCCCAUUCGGAUCUUUCGCUCCUCCACACGCCUACACAUGAUGCCAAAAUCACCCAAGGUGUUACCACGGAAGUCAUCGGACAAGAUGGAAUCUCAUACAGUCCAAUCAACGAUCAAACUAUAGGGCGAAUUCGAGAGCAGAUUUCUGGCUGGAACGGAAAUCCAUCAGAUCCCCCUGAUUUCUUCGAUCGAUGGAGGACCGUCGGACAGUAUCUGGAUGUCUUAGAUCGAGAGCGAAUAGCAACAAAUGCAGCAUAUCUUGUGCCCCAAGGAAACUUGCGAAUCCUCGUCAAAGGUUGGGACUCCAGCCCGGCAACCCAGGAUGAGAUCGAUGCUAUGAAAGUGCUUCUGGCCAAGUCGUUCGAAGAAGGUGCUGUGGGUAUGAGCUCCGGGUUGACAUAUGUGCCUGGUAUGUUCGCGCCGGACGAUGAGAUUGCACAGCUGUGCGAAGUAGUGGUGAGGUAUGGAGGAUACUACUGUCCACACACUAGAUCUUAUGGCAAAGGUGCUUUGCAAGCGUACGCCGAGAUGAUUGAACUGGCCAAGAAGACUGGAGUUCGCCUACAUUUGACACAUGCCACGAUGAAUUAUGAAGAAAACACCGGGCGAGCCAAUGAAUUAAUAGAUAUGAUCGAUGCUGCAAUCUCUUUGGGUGUUGACAUCACCCUGGACACAUAUCCAUACUUGGCCGGAUCUACCACUUUGGCAUCAACUCUGCCGAGCUGGGUGGCUUCAGCAGACGAUCCUCUUGCUAUACUCGAUGAUCCGGCACAGCUAGCAAAGAUCAAAGAUCUCGCUUUGCUCCAGGGAACAGACGGAUGCCAUGGAUGUGUUCUGCACUGGGACUUGAUCGAGAUCGGAGGUGUGCAGAAUGCUUCCUUGGCUUCUCAAUAUGUCGGCAAGACAAUUUCGCAGAUAGCGUUAGAAAAGGGGCAGGAUCCCUUCGAUGUCUACAUCGAUAUCCUGAAGCAGGACAACUUCAACAGCACGAUCCUGUCGCACACAGGCCACGAGUCUAACGUCCGCUUGGUCAUGCGCCAUCCUCGCCAUACAGGAGGUUCUGAUGGAAUUCUCACCUCAACAAAGCCUCAUCCCAGGGGAUGGGGAACUUUUCCGAGAUAUCUGGGACAUUAUGCCCGUGACUUGGCAGUUGGAAAGGAGAGAAAUAUUUACCACGCAUCCAGCAGUGAGUCGUAUGAUGAAGUCGAGCCGGAAACGGUUUUUGAUGGCGGUCUAGAAGAAGCUGUGGCCCACAUCACUGGCCGUGCUGCGAAUGUCAUUCGGAUGCGAGAUCGAGGGUUAGUGAGGGAAGGUUUGAGAGCGGAUCUGGUUCUUUUCAACCCCGAGAGCGUGAGCGAUGUGGCCACAUAUGCGAAUCCCAAGCAGCCUGCUAGUGGUAUCAGAUUCGUGUUUGUUAAUGGGAUUGCCGCAGUGGAUGAGGGUGCUGCCACAGGAGCUAGGGCUGGCAAGACUGUGCGGUUAAGGUCUACGGAGCAAAGAGAUCAGUGGUCAGUGCAAUGA